AUGGGUGAGAUAAAUAAAUAUGAUGUUGAGAAAUAUCUGGAGAACAACCCACAAUUUGCCAAGGAGUAUUAUGACCGAAAACUGCGGCUGGAAGUAGUGGGAAGCGUCUUCAAAGUCAACCCAGAGGAUGUGAAAGAUGGAGUCUCCUUCAAGGAAAUGACUAAGCUAGAGGAAUGUCAUGUGCUUUUUGAGCUGAUGUUAGAAGUCCAGGAAGAAGCAAGCUCUAUGGAAAAAAUAGCGCAUAAAGUCCUGCAAAGGUUGGCACAGUUGCUGGCAGCUGACCGGUGUAGUAUGUUUAUUUGUCGUUCCCGCAAUGGUAUUCCAGAAGUAGCUAGCAGACUCUUAGAUGUCACUCCUACCUCCAAAUAUGAGGACAACUUGGUGCCUCCUGAGAAAGAAGUCGUUUUUCCGCUGGACAUUGGAAUAGUGUUGUGGGUUGCUCAUACCAAGAAGCAAUUUAACAUCCCAUAUGUAAAAAAGAAUAAUCAUUUCUCUGACUUUGUGGAUAAACAAACUGGCUAUACAACUGUCAACAUGCUUGCAACUCCAGUCAUGCAAGGCAAAGAAGUUCUUGCUGUGUUCAUGGCACUUAACAAGCAAAAUGACCCUGAAUUCUCUAAAGAAGAUGAAGAUGUAUUUAACAAAUACAUUAAUUUUCUUUCACUUGCUGUAAAACAGCACCACACUUCAUACUGGUAUAAUACUGAAUCUAGAAAAAGUCAGGUGCUUUUGUGGUCUGCCAACAAAGUAUUUGAAGAACUUACGGAUAUUGAGCAACAGUUUCACAAAGCAUUGUACACUAUACGAGUGUACUUAAACUGUGAAAGAUAUUCUGUUGGUCUUCUGGACAUGGCCAAAGAGAAGGAAUUCUAUGAUGAAUGGCCAAUUAAAUUGGGAGAAGCAGAGCCUUACAAAGGACCAAAAACACCCGAUGGCCGAGAAGUCAACUUUUAUAAGAUUAUCGAUUACAUUUUACACAGAAAAGAAGAAAUCAAAGUCAUUCCGACACCUCCUGCAAACCACUGGUGUCUUGCUAGCGGAUUGCCAACUUACGUUGCUGAAAAUGGAUUUGUAAUAUGUGGCAUUGUCUUAUCUUUUGCUUUUCUGCAGAAAGGAGCUUUCGAUGAGACAGGGUGGAUUAUUAAAAAUGUCUUAUCUUUACCUAUUGUCAACAAGAAGGAAGAAAUUGUUGGUGUGGCUACAUUUUACAACAGAAAAGAUGGCAAACCCUUUGAUGAAUAUGAUGAACAGAUUACUGAAAUGCUUACACAGUUCCUUGGAUGGUCUGUUUUAAAUACCGACACCUAUGAGAAAAUGAGUAAGCUUGAAAACAGAAAAGAUAUUGCUCAGGAAAUGCUCAUGUACCAGACAAAGGCAACAUCUGCUGAAAUUCAGUCCAUAUUGAAAUACAAAGAAAAACUGAAUGUAGAUAAGGCGGAAGACUGUGAUGAGAAACAACUUAUCAACAUUUUUAAAGAGGAGUUGCCUGAUCCAAAGGAUGUAGAACUUUAUGAAUUUCGCUUCAGUGACUUCCCUGUUACAGAACACAAUUUAAUCAAGUGUGGGAUACGACUGUUCUUUGAGAUAAAUGUUGUAGAAAAGUUCAAAGUACCAGCAGAGGUGCUUACAAGAUGGAUGUAUACUGUGAGAAAAGGGUAUCAUGAUAUCACUUACCACAACUGGCGGCAUGGAUUCAACGUCGGGCAAACCAUGUUUACCCUUUUGAUGACAGGUAAAAUAAAGAAAUAUUAUACCGACCUAGAAGCUUUUGCUAUGGUAGCUGCUGCUUUCUGCCAUGACAUUGAUCACAGAGGAACCAACAAUUUGUAUCAAAUGAAGUCAGCAGCUCCAUUGGCAAGACUUCAUGGCUCUUCCAUUUUAGAAAGGCACCAUCUAGAGUACAGUAAAACAUUGCUACAAGAUGAGAGUUUAAACAUCUUCCAGAACCUAAAUAAGCGCCAGUUUGAAACUGUUUUACAUUUAUUUGAAGUUGCAAUCAUAGCAACUGACUUGGCUUUAUAUUUCAAGAAGAGGACUAUGUUUCAAAAGAUUGUGGAUGCAAUUGAAAAAAUGGAAAAAGAAGAGGAUGCAAUUAAAUAUAUAUCUAUGGACCCAACCAAAAAGGAAGUAAUCAUGGCUAUGAUGAUGACUGGCUGUGACUUAUCUGCUAUCACUAAACCUUGGGAGGUGCAAAGUGAGGUUGCCAUCAUGGUUGCAAAUAAAUUUUGGGAACAAGGUGAUCUUGAACGAACUGUCCUACAGCAACAGCCAAUUCCUAUGAUGGACAGGAACAAAAGUGAGGAAUUACCCAAGCUUCAAGUUGGUUUUAUUGAUGUUGUAUGCACCUUUGUGUACAAGGAAUUCUCAAGGUUCCACAAGGAAAUUACACCUAUGUUUGAUGGUCUUCAAAACAACCGAGUGGAAUGGAAGUCACGAGCUGAUGUGUAUGAAGAAAAGAUGAAAGCUAUUGAGGAAGAAAAGAAAAGGCAGGAGGAAGAAGAAGCCAAGAAAGGUUAG